CCUCUACCAAAGCACAAGCCGUCUUCUCUGCAGUUGCUGCCAUCCUGCUUCUCUCCGCCUCAUCGACUCCCCAUCUCACUUCAAAUCUCAGUGGUAAAAGAAUGUCACAUGUCAACAUUUGUACCUGAAGUCAACAUGCCAUUUUCAGGCUGCAUGGAUGAGUGCCAACUUUUGCAUCUCCUGUGACCUUUCUAUCUGGGGCCAUUCGAUUUUUUUAGAAUAUCCUUCAGAGAGUUUAUGCAUCUUAUGGAAGACACCUGACCUUUUGAAGCUUCAUAAUUCACAUCUGCAUGUCACCAGUCUUCCCCAUGUUAACAGUUCUGACCAUGUUUUAUUAUCUAUGCCUGCGGCGCCGAGCCAGGACAGCUGCGAGGGGAGAAAUGAUGAACAGCCAUAGAGCCAUAGAAUCAAACAUCCGGACUUCCCCUCUGAAUGCAGAGGUGGUCCAGUAUGCCAAAGAAGUGGUGGAUUUCAGUUCCCAUUAUGGAAGUGAGAAUAGUAUGUCCUAUACCAUGUGGAAUUUGGCAGGUGUCCCAAAUGUAUUCCCAAGUUCUGGUGACUUCACUCAGACAGCUGUGUUUCGAACUUAUGGAACAUGGUGGGAUCAGUGUCCCAGUGCUUCCUUGCCAUUCAAGAGGACGCCGCCUAAUUUUCAGAGCCAAGACUAUGUGGAACUUACCUUUGAACAACAGGUGUAUCCUACAGCUGUUCAUGUUCUGGAAACCUAUCAUCCUGGAGCGGUCAUUAGAAUCCUAGCUUGCUCUGCAAAUCCCUAUUCCCCAAGUCCACCGGCUGAAGUAAGGGAAGUUUCUUUCUUUAGCAGAUGGGAGAUUCUUUGGUCAGAGAGACCUACGAAGGUGAAUGCUUCCCAGGCUCGCCAGUUUAAACCUUGUAUUAAGCAGAUAAAUUUUCCCACAAAUCUUAUACGGCUGGAAGUAAAUAGUUCUCUUCUGGAUUAUUACACUGAAUUAGAUGCAGUUGUAUUGCAUGGUAUGAAGGACAAGCCAGUACUUUCUCUCAAGACUUCACUUAUUGACAUGAAUGAUCUAGAAGAUGAUGACUAUGAAGAAAACGAUGAUUGUGGAAUGGACAAUCUUAACAAAAAGCUUAGCAGCACUGCCCUCAGGGAAGGGCCAAAUAAUGGAUAUUUUGACAAACUACCUUAUGAGCUCAUUCAACUGAUUCUGAAUCAUCUUACACUACCAGACCUGUGCAGAUUAGCACAGACUUGCAAACUGCUGAACCAGCAUUGCUACGAUCCUCUCCAGUACAUCCACCUCAAUCUGCAGCCUUACUGGGCAAAACUCAAUGACACCUCCCUGGAGUUUCUGCAGGCUCGCUGCACUCUCGUCCAGUGGCUUAACUUAUCUUGGACUGGCAAUAGGGGCUUCAUCUCUGUUGCAGGAUUCAGCAGGUUUCUGAAGGUUUGUGGAUCCGAAUUGGUGCGCCUUGAAUUAUCUUGCAGCCACUUCUUAAAUGAAAUUUGCUUGGAGAUUAUUUCUGAGAUGUGUCCACAUCUACAGGAGUUAAAUCUCUCAUCCUGUGAUAAGCUACCACCUCAAGCUUUCAACCAUAUUGCCAAAUUAUGUGGCCUUAAACGACUUGUUCUCUAUCGAACAAAAGUAGAGCAAACAGCACUGCUCAGCAUUUUGAACUUCUGCUCAGAGCUUCAACACCUCAGUUUGGGUAGUUGUGUAAUGAUUGAAGACUAUGAUGUGAUCGCCAGCAUGAUAGGGGCCAAGUGUAAAAAACUGCGCACCCUGGAUCUGUGGCGUUGCAAGAACAUCACUGAGAAUGGGAUAGCAGAGCUGGCAUCUGGGUGUCCGCUCCUGGAGGAACUUGACCUCGGUUGGUGUCCUACUCUGCAGAGCAGCACCGGGUGCUUUGCCAAACUGGCACGCCACCUCCCAAACUUGCAAAAACUCUUUCUUACGGCCAACAGGUCUGUGUGUGACACAGACAUUGAGGAACUGGCAUGUAAUUGUACCAGAUUACGGCAACUGGACAUACUAGGAACAAGAAUGGUAAGUCCGAUGUCCUUAAGAAAACUCCUGGAAUCAUGCAAAGAUCUUUCUCUACUUGAUGUGUCCUUCUGCUCUCAGAUUGACAAUAGAGCUGUGCUCGAGUUCAAUGGGAGCUUUCCAAACGUGUUCAUAAAAAAGAGCUUUACUCAGUGACUUAAUGUAUGUUCUAUAAUAAAAUCAGUGUGCUUUUGUGGGGUUAUAUGUUAGAAUUGA